AUGUCGCUUUCGACUUUUCUCCGACGAGCUCUUCUCUAUGUGCCCGGGUCUUCUCAGAAAAUGCUCACCAAGUCUAGCAACUUGGUUGUGGAUUCAGUGAUUUAUGACCUCGAAGAUUCAGUGACACCUGAUUCAAAAGACCUGGCGAGGCGUCUUGUCGCGGAUCACUUAGCUACGAAAAGAUUGGGGCGAGGACCUAAGGAGGUAGCGGUGCGCAUCAAUGCAGUGGACACUGGGCUUGCACAACAAGACAUCAGUCAGGUUGUCCUAGGUGGGGGAAAUACUUUGGAUACAAUUGUUGUGCCCAAGGUCCAGUCUCCAGAAGAUUUGCAUUUUGUUGCAGAUGUCAUUCGGCAUGUCUCUCCACAGAGAAGACUUUUCGAACCCACAGGGACGAAUUCUGCUCAGCAGACGGCAAAUACGACUGUUCCAAAGCCCAUACAUAUUAUCGCUUUAAUCGAGUCCGCCAUGGGCCUUGCCAAUGUCUUAGAAAUAUGCCGUGCUGGCCGAUCUCUCGGCUUAGCGGGACUAGGAUUUGCCGCCGAAGAUUUCAUGGCAAGUGUCGGGCUUUCCAAGCUGCCAGAUCGGAGAGAAGUCCUGCUAGCACGAUCUACGAUUGUUAAUGCCUGCCGGGCAUAUAACCUUCCUUCGAUCAUCGACAUGGUAUCUGUUGAUGUGAGCCAAAACACCAACGGCACAUCACUGGCCGAGGAGUGCAACGAAGGCCGAUGUCUUGGAUUUACUGGAAAACAAGCUAUCCAUCCCUCCCAGGUCGACACCAUACAGCGCGCGUUUGGGCCAUCCGACGACGAGAUAAAAUGGGCAGUGGAGGUCUAUGUUGGGGAUAUUGAAUCCCAGAAAAAGGGACUGGGUUCUUGGAAGCUGAACGGUCGUAUGGUUGAUGCACCAGUGGUCAAGACAGCAAUGGCUAUCCUGCAUAGAGCACGGAGGUGUGGCGUACAAGUUGACACAGAUAUUGCAAGUUCCAGGCUGGAGGCUUCAGAAGGGAGGUCAAAGAGCUUACUUUAA